AUGCUUUGCUCAUCAUUGCUAUGCUGGAUACCGCCUGCUACAGGCAUUCGGAACCGAAGUCGUGCGGAGGGGACACAGGUUGGUUACUGGUGCGUUGGGGCUGGAAGGAUAGUUCAUGGUCAUGAAGUCAUGACAAUGAGCGACCAUCAGGCUCAGCCUCUCAGAAACUCAAUAUUUGCCUUUCAAGAUCCAGGAGCUCACAAAUUAAAUGCUUGUCGGAUGUCUCACCGGGAUCCGAAAUAUCCAACCCUGGUAACUUAUCUCUUGAAUCUACAUCUCCGAGCUGCUCCGGUUUUCAGAACGUUAAACCAUGGGCAUUUUGGCGAUACCGUGGACAUCCUCCCAUGGAUCCUAAUGUGGAUUUUCAUAGUUGAGCUUUUCUCUAACCCUUAA